UGACUGGAGCACAUAUACGAUGUUGAGCAUGAAAGCGCAGGUGGAUGUGGUCUGCUGUAAAUCAGUAGGAACUGAUCUGUCCAUGCUGGAUAUUGAGGAUUUCAUCACAGAAAUCUGUCAGCUGAAGAAAGAAGUGGCUUCACUGGAGGCAAAGCUGAGAGAAAGAGGAGACAAACUGAACAGAGAGGAUGUGGAGAAGGUUUGGGUGCGUGAGACUGAUGGGACAGAAGCUCAGGAUUCAGUCUGGAGCGUCAGAGAUCAGAGAUCCAGAGACACACAGGACUCAGAUCUGAGUCUCACUUUACUCUGUUAUACUGACGCUCAGGAUCAUGAAUCCACUGAUCAAACCUCUGACUGUAACGCUGGAGAACAGCAGAUGCUGCAGACGCCGCUGAAGAUGUGCUCCGUCAAACUGGUGGACUGCAGGAACCUGAUCGAGAGCAGAGGAGAAGAAACCACCGCAGAGAAACAACAACACACUGAAGAGGAAGAGGAGGAGGAGGAAGAACAGAAUAAUGAUGAGGAUGAUGACAUUGUUCCUGCAGAUGACAGCGCUGGUUCAUCUUCUCAUAGAGAAAAUGCCUCUACAUCCAAAGAGCUAUGGACAGUGAGGGAGUGUGGAGAAACAUUGAGCAAACACAGUCAGUUAGUGAGACCUGAGAGAAAACACAAAGAACAGAAAGAGUACACCUGCAAGAUCUGCAACAUCAGUUUUCCAACCUUCAAAGAGAGAACAAUUCAUUCAAAAGAGCACAGCGUGAAGAAGGAGUUUCACUGCGAACAGUGCGGGAAGGAUUUCUUCACCACUCUUAAUAAUAUGAGAGCUCAUAUUAGGGGACACAGUGAAAAGUCUUUUCAGUGCAACAAAUGUAGCAAGUUUUUCCGCAACAAACGAGAACUUUCUCUUCAUAUGAGAAUCCUCACAGGUGAAAAACCGUACAAGUGUCCUCAAUGUGAGAAGAGCUUCACCUGUGGAUCUCAUCUGAAGAGACAUCUACUCACACACAGCAAUGAGAGACCGCAUCAGUGCAACGAAUGUGGAAAACCUUUUGUAAGCUUAGCUUAUCUAAAGAAACACCAGGAAAUACACUCAGAUGACAAACCGUAUCAGUGUUCACACUGCGAGAAGAGCUUCAAACAUGCAAUCAGUCUGAAGAACCAUCUAUUAAUGUACACCAAUGAGAGACUGCAUCAAUGCAGUCAAUGUGGGAAAACUUUUGCAAACGUAGCUUCUCUACGCUCACACCGAAGAAUACACUUUGACAAACGUUAUCAGUGUACACACUGUGAGAAACGUUUCUAUCAUUUGAAUAAUCUGAAAAGCCAUGAGAGGAUUCACACCGGAGAGAAACCGUACCUGUGCUCAGACUGCGGGAAGAACUUUGCUGGUUCAUAUACUUUCAAAAUUCAUCAGAGAAGUCACACCGGAGAAAGACCGUAUACCUGCAGUGAUUGUGGGAAAAGUUUCUAUAAGCUAAGUGCCUUAAAAGUGCACAAGAGGACUCAUACAGGAGAAAAACCUUUUAAAUGCUCACUGUGUGACAAGGCUUUUGCUCGAGCAGGUUACCUGAAGAUCCAUGAACGAAUACAUACAGGAGAGAAACCUUAUUGCUGCUCCAUCUGUGGCAUGAGAUUCGCUUCUAAAUGGAGUUUUCUGAUGCACCAGAAGAAACACGCUGCUCCAGAAUCAUCAUAGCUUCUUCAUGUAAUUAUUUCCAGGCUGUGGA